AUGGAUACUUACGAGCUCGCCAAACGAGCCAUUGCGGCUUUUGAAAGCUAUGACAACAACAACAAUAACUAUAACAACGGUUACAAUAAUAAUAACCAAAACAACAACGGUUAUAAUAACAACAACAACAACGGUUACAACAAUAAUAAUAACAAUAAUCAGCAGCAACAGCAACAAAACAACAGCUACAAUAAUAAUAGUAAUAACAACCAGCAACAGAAUCAAAAUCAAUACAAUCAAAACAACCAAAAUAACCAGAACAAUCAGAAUAACCAAUAUGGCCAAAGUACGAGUACCCAGCAUCAGGCAUCAACAACAACAACAUCGCGUUCCGAAUCCACGCCGUAUGGCUCCAAUAAUUCAGAUAAUUCAAGAAAUGAGCAAAACAACAACUAUAACAACAAUAAUAAUAAUAAUAACGGUACCAGAAGUCAAAAUAACGACAAUGGAUACAACCAAAAUCAAAACCAAAACCAGAAUCAGAACCAAGGCUAUGGCAACAAUAACAACAGUAACGGCAAUAACGAAAAUCAUUAUCCAACGCUGUCAUCGCAAGCUUCUUUGCAACAUGGUGACAAGUCGCCUAACGGAAUUUUGUUUGCCAUCAUUGGUAUCGUGGUGGGCUUGGUGUUGAUCAUCAUUACCGGCCUAUUAUGGACGUGCCGACGCCGAAAACAGAAAAAGAAGGAAAGCAUGGCAAAUGCAUUUUUCGAAUUCUCGGCAUCCAAAGGCGGUGACAAGAAAUCCAAAUUGCCUACCAAAACAACCGAAGUAGGCGAUCCGUAA